AUGCGUUCCUCUUCUCUUGCUGCUGCCGCCGGUGCCCUCGCUGUGCGAGGCAAGUACGAUGACUGGAAGUUCGGCAACAUGUUCAACCUCGGCCCCGCCAGCAACGCGAUCGCCAAGGCCACCUACACUCUGGUCCCUCCUUCUAUCCCCUGCGGAACAGUUGUCGCGGACAAGAAUGCCCAGCCUUGGAUGUCGAUCUGGGUUGGCAUCUCCCAGUCCCUGAGCGACGAUAGCACGGAUCUCUUCCAGCCCCUGCUGAACUGGGCCCCCAACAAUGCUCAGGAGGGCUGCCCUGCAGCCAACGACGCCUGGUGUGUCGCUGCCAGCACUUUCACUGGAACUGAGCAGGUUGCCCAGAGCUACGUUGCCAUUCCCAACAAGUCCAACGUUGACUUCGAGCUCACCUAUGAUGCCUCCAAGGGUGUGACCCAGAAGGUCUGGAUCAACGGCGCCCUUGUCUCUCAGCAGACCGACAAGGACAAGAACGGCAAGGCUCCUACCUGGAUCUAUUCCAGCAACGAGUGCUACUCAGGCGCCUGCGGUACCCUUGGUGCCUACAGCUGGAGCAACCUUACUGUCACUCUCAGUGAGGCCGACUCUAACUUCGGAGACACCCUUCAGCUUACCGGCGGCUCCUCCAGCGGUAUCAAGACUACUGAUGGUGGCAAGACCUGGCACGCCGACUCCAUCAAGAUCAACGAGGACUACUUCUACACCGAUGGAUCCAAGAAGCAAUGCUAA